GUGAGCACACAUCCCAGUCAGUUCAUUACCAGUGUGGCGCUCUGCGCAGCUCAAGUUGAAGGCUACUGAUCUUCACCACGACACUUCAGGGAAAGCUAAACUGCAUUUUUGAAAUACAAACAAUGAGUUAUUUAAACGCAUGAACUCAAGCAGUCGCAUUUAACACACUGCUCAACCUGCAGAACCUUAGAUAUUAGCGAACAAACUUAUUGUUCAGCGAAGACAGCGCGCGGCGCACAGGGACAGAUCAUGCACUGUCAAGCCGAGUUGAGGCUCUCCUCCCCCGGGCAGCUGAAGGCUGCCAGGCGGCGCUACAAGACUUUCAUGAUUGACGAGAUCCUCUCAAAGGAGACUUGUGAUUAUUUUGAGAAACUUUCUCUCUACUCGGUGUGCCCUUCGCUCAUUGUACGACCGAAGCCUCUUCAUUCGUGUUCGGGCUCCUCAUCACUACGUGCCUACCCUCUCCUCUCAGUGAUCACACGGCAGCCCCCCCACCACCCCCAGGUGUCAUCUCAGGGAGGGGUCCCCUCGCACCUGCCCUUGCUCUCCCCGCAGCAUCUGCGAGGCUCCGAGCCCUCGCCCAGCCAGACGCCCCUCAGCAUCAGCAGCGAGUCAGACACGGAGCGCAGCACGCCCCGCCUGAAGAAGCCGCGUCGCAGCCGCACCAUCUUCACUGAGCUGCAGCUGAUGGGCCUGGAGAAGAAGUUCCAGAAGCAGAAGUACUUGUCCACACCUGAUAGGUUAGACCUGGCCCAGUCACUUGGUCUCACACAGCUCCAGGUGAAGACUUGGUAUCAAAACCGGCGCAUGAAGUGGAAGAAAAUGGUGCUCAAAGGAGGUCACGAGGCCCCGACUAAGCCCAAGGGAAGACCCAAGAAGAACUCCAUUCCCACCACGGAGGAAAUAGAAGCUGAAGAGCGAAGGAUGAAGAUGGAGGCAGAGGAGAGGAUGAAGAGGGCGGCCGAGAAAGUGGCGCUGGCUCAGGGAGGAGAGGCAUCUCAGCUUGAACCUGAAGAUCUCAGUUCAGAAACUCACAAUGCAGCCGCUGCGAUGGAGGGAUCCGAGCGAGAGCUGCCGCUACUGAUGCAGUCAGAGACUCACGCAGCCAGCUAAGCAAGAACAACACAACCAAAGACUAAUGCCAACCUGAAAACAAAUAGUGCCUCAGGAUCACUGUAAAAAGCCUGUGUGGUGUUUAGAGCCAUUUGCUUUAGGAAUUUGGCUGGAAACAUAUUGGUGGCAUCCAAUCUUUACCAAAUGUAGCCUUUUAUUUUUUGUGUAUUGGAAAAGUGUACCAUACAAAGAGCUAAAGUGCGUAGACACUGAUUGUACUGGUAAAAAUGUGGCCUUUAAAUACUGUAUUUGAGCAGGUCGCUGGUAUAAGGAGUGUAAAUCUGUCAAAUCCAAGCAGGUCAGUCAAAGCAAAACACGUCUCAUGCAUCAAUUUACUGUGCAUUAUAACCAUGAAACAUCACACACACCACUGAUCCUCCAAGCUGCCUCACAUAAUGCAUGUGCCAAAAUAUCAAGAUUUGCCUUACUGUAUUGUCUCUAUGUCUCUAUGUAUUAUAAAUCACUUCACUGCCAAAAACUAUACUAUCAAAUGGCUACAGUGCCUUGUCGGUCUCAGAGGAAAGCUUUUAAAGUGCUGAUAAAAUAACUAUCAAAUGCAAGUAUAUUUUUUACAGUGAUUUUCGAUUACAAGUGCUGUUUUUGGAGACAGAGUUUAGAAAAGAACACAAUGCAUAGAUUGGAGUUCUUCUACAGCUUUAAGGCGCAAAUGUGUUAAUUAUUUGGUCGUUAAAGCUUGCAUUUUUAUUUUUUCAAUCUGAAAAUCAAUAUUUCUGCCAAGCCAUACUCUGUAUUAUACUGUAGAAAUGUGUAUAAAGUAUAAAAUAUAUGGUCUUUCGGAUAUAUAUGUAAAACAGUAUUUUUAACUGCUGUUUUAAAUUGGAUUAAAAUAGUUUGUAUGUAUAAUGUUAUUGCCGUCCCUGAUCUUUUUUCUUCUUUCAUGGGAGUCGGGAUGACUCUGCUUUCUGCCAUGAGGCCAGUAAGACUCUUUAAGCUGUCAGAGAUUCUCUGAGGGAGUAAAUCAUAGCCUGUGCCAAAGAUGCACGGCAAAGGCUGAACAUUUAAAAUCUCAAAGACGUUUUCAGCCUGCAGGCUUUGCAUGAGUACCCCAAUCAGUAUGUUCGACUUGCAUUAACAUAACACUGUCUUCAACUGCCUGUUACUGACUUCUCUAUACCCUUCCGAAAAUGCCUUCUACCCUUUCAAAGAUUUGUAAUUAAAGAGUUUCACUUUUUGAAUUAUACAGAUUUAUUUUUAUUUGUUAUUGUUUCAUAUGGAAAGUGCAGUAUUUUUCUGAUGUAAAUAAUGCUUGUUUGGUAAGCUUGUUUGCAGUUUUUUUUAGGUUUGUGUACAAUCAUUUUUACUAUAUACAAGAGUGUGUUUAUGUAUUUAAAUGCACUUAAUAAAAUAGCAGUCAUUUAAA